AAUCUAUGUACUUGUAUAGGCCUAAAAUUUCUGUUAGUUGUUAUCGUGGAUUUUGAUUCGGGCCAACGUGUGCUGCUGCGAGUCUGUUGUCGCCGUGUGAUCAGCUAUAUGAUGUCAUUUGCGACUACCAUAACUUCAUAAUUAUGAUGACAACGAAGCAAGAUUGGAACUGGUCCUUACCUGCCGGCACUUCCGUCUGACUGAGUAUAUAGCCUAGCUUUCCCUUAGAUAUGCAUACUCCAUACAAUCCUCACUCAGCCUCAACUCAAAUUUCUCAAUCAUCGAACCAAAUAUUUUCAACCCGCGUUCCACAACUAUCACAAUGACUUCCGGAUCAAAUACUGGUGCUGGCCUUGGAGAAGCUAUAAAGAAAGGUGUUGGUCUCGUACAUGGCAGCGGUGAGGCUAUUCGUGGUAAUUUUAACGCUGCAGUAGACUCCGCGACGGGGGAUCGCGAGAGCGCCGCAAGGCAUCAGGCCAUUGCCAGCCACGGCGCCGAUGAGAUUGACCAUGGAUACCAUCAUCAACAAGGAACUGGCAUCGGACUGACUCCUGUCGACCAAGAUCACAACAAAAGAGCUGUUGGAGGUCCUACGACUGCUACUUCAACUAAUUACGGACCGCACGACUCAAACAUCGGCAACAAAGUUGACCCUCGCGUUGAUUCUCAUGGUCCUGGUCGAUACGCGUAGACAGUUACUCCGGUAGCACUAUUGAGCCUAUGAAUAUACCCUUUGCUAUUCGUUUUGUAACAAGAUUUUGAAGUUGAUCUUUGACAACAACCAGAGAUCUAGUGAUUUAUAUUAGUCGCUUCUACUGAUUCUAAUCAACUCGUUUUAC